AUUUUUUCGAAACUCUAGAACCAUGUUGCGGAAUCCAACUGUAGACGGAGGAACACAAUAGACUGGGAGAACCUGAUGUUUGUGGUGGACGGAGACGAGGACCCCUGCUGUAUCAACUCUACCAAACUCAUCCAAAUCAUGGACAUGGGGGUGUCGCCUUAUGGCCGUUAUCUUUCUGACGAGGUUCUGUCCACCUACCCCAAACCUGGCUUCCAGAACGUGCCUAAGUUCUGUGAGGAUCCGGAGAACGCCAUGGGGACCUACAACUUUACCAUUCCGAUGGACUUGCAACCGGGCCGCCACACCUUCGUGUGGAAGUGGAUCCGUGACCCAGUAGUCAACCCCUUCACCACCUGCUGGGAGGCUGACGUGUUUGCUACGAAGGCCGAGAGGGACGCGCACUACCUGGCCACGGGUCGCUCUACCGAAGACAUGUGGGAUUUCUACCAGAUCCACAACAUCGUGGACGGUAUGAUCAUGGAUCCGGUGGAUCCUUCCGUCAACGAGGUCAUCACUGGAUGAAGACUCGAAACAAACGCCUUGAAACCCAGCUACCUAUGGUAGCGAAUAAAGGUUUCUCGACUUAAA